UAACCUCUACUCGCCAUCCAAAGGAUGAAAGGGCAGAUGUUUCUGCUGAGCUCUCCAAUCAAUGGUCGAGGGUUAACGUUACACCAAUUCAUCCUGGAACUUAAUAGCUACACUAGGUUCAUUGAUCAAAGAAAAUAAAUGAGGCCGAGUGAUAGAUGUGAUAUUCUUGCUGUGACAGAACUCCGAGCUAAGAGAAAAGAGUACCACCAAGAAUUGAGGGCUACAGACUCCACAAGGAGACGCAUAGGACAAAGCAAACUACAUGGUUUACCCAUCCCUACAUGGUUUACCCAUCCCUAGUAUCUAUCUACUGGUAAAAACUUCAUGGUUUUACCUUUUGGAAUGUUUUUAUUCUUGAUAAAUAUGGAACUAUUUUCAUGGUUCUUGUUUUGUAGUUACAAAGAUUAAACCCCUAGCCCGAAAAUAUUGUGCUCAAGAAGCUGAAUACCAAGGAAUUUCAGGGUUCUUGUUGUCAUCUGUAGACUUCUUUUGAAUAAACCGGCGUUCUUUUUCUUAGUUUGCUUGGCCGCCAGAUUAUGAGGUCAAGACUAUUGAUGCAUGAACGACGAGCUAGCAAUGAAUCAUCUGGUUCUCUAACAAAAAGGGGGGCAGAAUCAAGACUAAAGAAAAGAUGCCAGUUCACAAUAAAUUUGUAAGUCUCACAGAUACAAAUACUGCCAAAUUAACCAAAUGAUUGUUAAACUAAACAGCAAUGUUUACUAAAUGUACCGGUCGAUCAAAUUAACAGAAGAGAUUCAUACUUUUCUUUUCGUACUUCUAACUCAUUCUGAUGCCAUUAGGAAAAAAAAACGUAAGCAGUCAAGAAGUGCAUGAGCAACACCAAAAAGGCAAUAACAUUAUUCGUGAUUCCUUUUUCAAAGGGGUUUGAAUCUAGAGUAUAUUCCAAGAACUUUGUGUCCAAGGCAAAAAAUUGAAGGGAAGGAAAGUCCUUUGGGAGAAAGAAAACUUGCUAGUAAUAAACAGACAAUUCUCCCGACAUGCAAUAGGAAAAUCGUCAAGAAAUCUAGGACCCUUUUUCUCUCUAUAUAUAUGUUAUGUUUCAACCCUUUUAGUCAUCAAGUCCUAAAAGACGUCCCGCUCAAGAAACCUUCCAAAACCCUUAAACCCGAAACCCUUCUAAACCUUUCAAACGCUUCAUUCAUUCACUAGGAUGGCAAUGGAGAAGGUACUUGCUUCUGUGGGAGAGAUGAGGCCAAAGACCAAGAUUGUGUGCACAUUGGGACCAUCUUCCCGGUCCGUGGAGAUGGCAGAGAAGCUUUUGAGGGCUGGCAUGAACGUUGCUCGCUUCAACUUCUCUCACGGUAGUCAUGAGUAUCAUCAAGAAACUCUUGAUCAUCUAAGGACUGCCAUGAACAACACCGGAAUUCUCUGUGCUGUCAUGUUGGAUACGAAGGGUCCAGAAAUUAGAACUGGGUUUCUGAAAGAUGGGAAGGCCAUUCAUCUUCAACAAGGAAAAGAGAUUACCGUAUCAACUGACUAUACCAUUCAUGGUGAUGAGAAUAUGAUCUCUAUGAGCUACAAGAAGUUGGCUGAGGAUGUGAAGCCUCAAAGUGACAUCUUGUGUGCUGAUGGAACAAUUACUUUGAAGGUUCUGGCAUGUGACAAGGAGAGUGGUUUGGUACGUUGUCGAUGUGAGAACACUGCAGUUUUGGGUGAGAGGAAGAAUGUCAAUCUUCCUGGAGUUGUUGUUGAUCUGCCAACUUUGACAGAGAAGGACAAAGUGGAUAUCUUGGAGUGGGGAGUUCCAAAUAAGAUUGACAUGAUUGCGCUCUCUUUUGUUAGGAAAGGCUCAGACCUUGUUGAGGUCAGAAAUGUUUUGGGGGAGCAUGCCAAGGAUAUAAUGCUCAUGUCCAAGGUUGAGAAUCAAGAAGGUGUUACCAAUUUCGACGAAAUACUAGCAAAUUCAGAUGCCUUCAUGGUGGCGAGGGGUGACCUUGGAAUGGAAAUUCCAAUUGAAAAGAUAUUCCUAGCUCAGAAACUGAUGAUUGCAAAGGCAAACAGACUAGGAAAGCCAGUGGUGACUGCUACUCAGAUGCUAGAGUCCAUGACCAGGUCUCCUCGUCCCACUCGAGCAGAAGCCACUGAUGUUGCCAAUGCUGUUCUUGAUGGAACUGACUGUGUCAUGCUCAGCGGCGAAACUGCAGCUGGAGACUAUCCGGAAAUUGCCGUUCAAACUAUGGCCAAAAUCUGUGUUUCUGCAGAACAGUCCAUAAACUAUAACGAACUUUUCAAGAAAAUGGAAACAGAAGCAAUGCCUAUGAGCCCUCAAGAGAGUUUGGCCUCCUCGGCGGUGCACAUGGCAACUUCCAUCAGGGCAGCACUCAUUUUGGUCCUGACCAGAGGAGGAACCACAGCAAAGCUUGUGGCUAAGUACAGGCCAAGCAUGCCGAUUUUGUCUGUGGUGGUUCCUCAGCUAACUACAGAUUCUUUUGAGUGGUCAUGCAGCGAUGCAGCUCCUGCAAGGCACAGCCUUAUUUAUAGGGGUCUUGUGCCUCUUCUCAGCUCAGGGGUCAUUAGAGCUUCUCAUGCUGAGUCCACUGAAGAGACUGUGCAGUCUGCUAUUCAACAUGCAAAGGCUAAAGGACUUUGCAAGCCUGGGGAUUCAAUCGUGGCUCUGCACCGAAUGAAUUGCAUCGACGUGUGCAAUGUUUUCCCUGUCAUGUGAUGAUCCUUGGGGAAACUUCAUCUGCAGCAUCAUAGUGUUUUUAGGUUAAUCCUUCUUUUUUUUUUGCAGC